CGAAGGUAGAACUAACGUGCGUGGCUUAACAUUCUAGUCGGACCUUUUAGUGCGCUGCACCAUUUAAAAAACGAGCGCGAACCAUAACACGAGCCUGAAGCAGUCGGAAGAUUACAACGAACAACGACGAACGAACUUACACUGUCAAGUGAAAAAUGAAGAGAAAAAAGGACAUUACGUCCUAUUUCUACAAGAAAAAGACACAGAAUGGUGCAGACAUUGAGACAGAGUCAGAUGAUGGUGGUGAGAGAGCUGAAGAGGAGCAAGUUGAGAGCGCCACAGAAGGAGAGUCAGGGGACAUGGGAGACGUUGAUUUUCAGAGAGAGGGCCCAGAGCAGCAGAGAGAGACAGAUGAAGAUCCUGAGGGUGAGGAAGCUGAGACUGAGAUAGAGGCGGAGUGUGAGACACAGACAGAAAAUAUUUGUGCAUCUACAAGCACUGGACCAUCAGACAUCAGCAAAGGUAAACAAGACCCACCAAUGCAGCCGGACCUAAAGAUUUUUCCAAGGACCCUGAUGGGGGACAGGAGGAGGAGCUUCAAGGCAGCCUGGUACCACAUCCACCCCUGGCUUGAAUAUUCCAAACAGUUGGACUCUGCGUAUUGUUACGCUUGCAGACAUUUUAGCCCUCCUAAUAGCCAAGACACAGUCUUUGACUCACCAGUUGGCUUCAAAAACUGCUUAAGCAAUCUGGGUGUCCUUAGCAUCGAGUCGAGGAGGGCAAAAGCACUGAGUCUCGACUCAUUUGUUGACCGGUUUGCCCGGAAUCACCAAAACCGCAGAAUACAGUUGCUGUAA